AUGGCUCUCCUCAAGCCAUUCCGGCGACAGGCCACGGCCUCCGACGACGCUGCAUCCAGGAACAUCUUAUCCAAAAUCUACCAUGACCCGUGGUUCCAGAUUGUUCUUAUCUCCUUCAUCUCCUUCUGCAACCCGGGCAUGUACAAUGCGCUAACCGGCAUGGGGGGCUCUGGCCAAGUCGAUGGCACGACGGCCGCCAACUCGAACGUCGCUACUCACGCGUGCACGGCUGGUGCUGCCCUGGUGCUCGUGGGCGCUUUCUACCAGUACCUCGGUCCUCGACUGUCCUUAAUCCUGGGCGGCUGGACGUAUGCGCUGUACGGCGGUUCGUUGCUCAACUUCAACCGCACGGGCAACGGGGCAUUCGUGAUUGCUGCAGGCGCGCUGCUCGGUCUCGGCGCGGCCUUCUUCUGGGUCGCCCAGGGCACGAUCAUGGUGACCUAUUGCGACGACAGCUCUCGCGGACGAGCGAUCGGCAUCUUCUGGGUCGUCUUUAACCUUGGCGGGACGAUUGGAUCACUGAUCAGCUUCGGCCUGAAUUACAAUUCGAAGUCCGGCACCGUCUCCGACUCGACAUAUAUUGCCUUCGUGGUCGUCAUGCUCUUCGGCUGGGCCUUGUCGAUCUUCGUGUGCUCGACCGAAUCUCUUUCGGGAAAAUACAGCGGCGACCGCAUCGCAGAGGAGUCCAAGGCUCUGAACCUGAAGAACUUCCGAACGACAAUCAUCCAGACGCUGCGCAUCAUCUUCGACUGGAAGGCCAUGUGUCUCUACCCCAUGUUCUUCAAUGCCAAUGUCUUCUAUUCCUACCAGCAGAACAACGUAAACGGGAUGACCUUCAACCUUCGCACCCGCUCACUCAACAGCGCACUCUACUGGAUCGCCCAAAUGGUAGCCGGUAUCCUCUUCGGCUACGUCCUCGAUAUCAAACCGCUCAACCGUCGAACACGUGCUAUAAUCGGCUGGUCCAUCCUCUUCGUCGCCGGCAUGGCCAUCUGGGGCGGCGGCUACCGCUUCCAGGUCUGGGACGACAGACGGCUCAAACAGGGCCUAAAGCAAGACAUCGACUACAAAGACGGCAGCAUCUACCUCGGUCCCAUGUUUCUGUACUUCUUCUACGGUGCAUAUGAUGCGAUCUGGCAGUCGUAUUGCUACUGGAUCAUGGGCGCGCAGUCACAUAAUCCCGUCGUCAAUGCUGUUAUCGUCGGUGCGUACUCGGCGCUCAAGCCUGCGGGCGGUGCGAUGGCGUGGAGGGUAAAUGCGGAGAAGGUCAAGGCUAUGACGCAGUUUGCUAUGAAUUGGGGGUUGACCAUGGCAAGUUUGGUGGUUGCUAUUCCUGCUGUUGUUUUGGUGCGGAGGGAUGGGCCUCCUGUCGAGGAGACGGGGAGUAAUGUGGAAAAGCAGUCGGUUGCCUUGGAGAAGAGUCAGAUUUAA